AUGAACUUCGUACACGAAUUUCGAUCUCCGUCAGCACCGGGGUACGGUGGAAAUCGUGUCCUGGAACCGGCGGCCGGCAAUAUGAAGCGCAAGCGGGCUACGAAGGCGUGCGUCGGGUGCAGGUCCCGCAAGGUCCGUUGCGAUGUCGAACGGCACGGGCAGCCCUGCACCAACUGUAAUAUGGAUUGCGUCGAGUGCGUAGUGAAACCGCGGGCUCGCAAAUCGCACCUCGUCGCCGCUGCUGCUCGCGAACAAGCCAAAAGGGCAUCCAACGCCUCCAAUACAUCCAGUCCAUGUGACUUGGACGAAGCGGCGUCGCCUUCCGAUCGAGCUAGAACCAUGAAGACUGUGGAACAACGAAUAGUGACUUCAGAUGCCUCAACUCUCUCUCUACUCCCUCAUAAUGAUCCAUGCAUCUCUAUAAGCCAAGACUACACUUUGACUCCGGAAGACGAGGGUUUUAUCCCUACGACAGAACCUUUGACCGGAGACUGGCUUCUCAACCCAUCUUUAGCAUCCUCGGACUGGAAUAGCCCACAAAGCAAUGACUUCGGCAACUACCCAGCUCCAAACAUCUUCUCAGAAUCACCAAGCAAAGACGAAGGGCCUUUCAUACCCUUCUCGACUUAUCCGGCUGUAAGAGCGCAUGGCCUGGAGCAACUUGGUCGGGAGGAACUGUCCUUCUUAGAGCAGAAAGGAUGUCUGCUCCUACCGAAAAAGCCCGUAUUGGAUCAGUUCCUGCAGCAGUACUUUCUACGUGUUCAUCCCAUUCUCCCUGUUCUGAAGGAGAGCGAUAUCCGCUCCGCAUUUCUGGGCUGCUCUCCCUCGUCGACGCUACAAGGGCCAGUUGCGCUUGUGAUCAUGCAAGCGAUUCUGUUUCUUGCCUCUCCGUAUGCUUCCGACUCGAUGCUGUCUGCCCUUGGGCUCCCCAGCGUCCACGCUGCCCAGGGCCACUUUUAUGCAAAGACAAAAGCCCUUUACGACAUAGACAUGUCCCAGGACGAUGUCACAAAAGCUCAGGUUGCGCUGAUGUUGACGUACUACGCACCCACGGCGAGCGAUAAGAUCAACACAUACUGGAUGGUUGUCGCCGUGCACCAUGCAAGGAGCGCCCGGGCUCAUCAAUUCGGUCAUCUAGCCAGCGACCCCAGAUUCCACGGUGAUGAGAGAAAGAUAAGAUUACUGAAGAGGCUUUGGUGGUGCUGCAUCUUGCGCGACCGGAUCAUGUCGCUAGGACUGCGCCGUACACUGUGUAUACAUCCAGCCGAGGUCGACCCCGACCUGCCGCAUAUGACCAUGGCAGACUUUGCGGACGAAAUCAGCCAGCCUUGGUUCCACUCAAGGACGACCAAGGAGAUGCAGGUGAGGCUGAUGCUGGCAAACUGCCGUCUCGGGAUGAUUCUCGGCGACAUACUGGAGACUAUAUAUCCGCUGAUGCCCAGUCCCUCGUUGUGCAGUCGAUCAAAGACUCGGGGACGAACCGAUCUCGUUACAACGAGGCUGGAACAGUGGCAUGAGAAGAUGAGAAUUGAGUUCAAAGACCCAAAGUACAUGGCCCGGGCGCACGAGUCACUGUACAUCCUCAUCAGCAUGUCGUAUAUCUACUACCACACCGCUAAAAUAGCGUUUUAUAACCAUAUGAUGCUUCUCAGCUUCACAGAGGCCGAGGCAGAGACCCCUCGUGAGACCGCGUAUUCGACAGAAAAGUUGCAGUUGGAGCUGGAUAGGUCACUCCGUCACAUCACGGACGAUUUUACCGGGCUUGAAGGAAGUGGACUGGUCAAGUAUCUACCGAAUACGUUCAUCCACUUUUCCAUACUGCCGUUCAUCUGGCACAUUAUAUUUGCCAAGAUCGCCAACACGGCGUGUAAAACUAGCGGCAGCGACCUCAAGAGCUACGUUGCCAUCAUGAGGACAUUCAAGUGCCUCUACGGGCGGACCGACAGCGCCAUCAAAUUCGUCGAAGACAUCGUCACCCACAUCAAGGCCAACGAGUCACGACAGAUAUACAUCAGCGAACAGGAAACGGCGGGCGCAGGCCAGGGAUUUAACCCGCGGGAUCGCUAUACGCCUGCGGACCCGAAAGCUGCAGGACGGCCGCCGGCGAGGACUGGUGCGAAUCUGUUUGGCGUGAAGCCGCACUCGUACCUCCGGAUAUCGCUGACGGUCGACUACUCGCUGUCGUGUGGCCAGCUGCUGUCGGAGAAAGACUUUCCCAAAGCGCUGCACGAAUCCCGCGGGCUGGAUCAGAGCGAGUUUUCAGACGGGGGCUUCUACCAGUACCUCCAGCGAUCGUUUGAUAUCAGUAUGCCGGCUUAG